AUGGCUCAACUCGAACGCCCCCAGAGACAACUUGAAACUACUUCAAAAGCUCCCCCUGCCAUCCACACCAUGGAACAACUCCUCCGAGGGGAGUCCUCAAAGUCUAGUAAGAAUUCACCAACCUGCUCCUCUUCCCCUUCCUCCAACUUGUCUUCCCCCGGCUCCCCUUUCUUCCAAAGGUUGAGGUCUUCUCAUGACUCAGAAGAUGAUCAUUCCCAGAAUCCCAAAAAAUCAGUUCUCACCAAAGUCAAGGAGAAGGCCAAGAAACUGCGCCACAGCCUCAGCAAGAAAAAACAUGAAGAUGGCAACCUCAGUAGUCCAUCAUCUGCUACUGCCGCAGAAGGUGAUGGAGCAGAAGAAGAUGCUGAAUUUCUCGGAGCUCCUAUGUACGAAUCAGAGAAGACACCUACUGGGUACAAAGCAAAUGUAAAGCAGAUUCCAAGUCCAAGAGCAAAUCCUAUGAUCCCUGAGAAGCAUGUUGUAUCAAGCAGUGACAAACACGUAGUCGAACAAGAUCAUGAGAGGUCACUGUACCGUUCCUUAUCCAAGAGAACAACGCACCCUGCAACAACAAUAACAGCCACCACCCCAAAUGCUACCACUGCUUCUGUUACUAAUAUUAACGUUAAUACUCAUCCUAGUACUCCUUCUCCUCUAAACAAGACAACCACUGAAACGGCAGCACCUAAACUGUCAACAGUUCAGACUGAAAAACCAGAUGCUGCACAUGCAACCUCCAAAGUUCAAGGUCUCACUGUGUCCAAACCCUCAGAGCUUCAUGAUCAUCCUUCACCAUCAUCACCAUCAUCACCAUCAUCAUCAUCACCAGCAACAUUUGCACCAAAAUCAAGUCGCAGCAAUUUGUCCUAUUCUGCUCCUCGUACUCCCCUUGCAAGAGUAGCAACUUCCCAGUUUCCUACAACCACUCCGCGAACUACAUCAGCUCCAAUAACUUCAGCACCAUCAGCUGCUCCUUCACUGAGUGGGAAGAACACAAGCCCCACCGCGCAAAUAUGGGAUAAGGGUGUGUCCAUGAAAGAGUACUUCUUGAACAAACUGGAGCCGGGGGAAGAUGAGAAGGCGUUGUCUCAGGUGAUAUCUGAAGCAAUGAGUCCUCGCAGAACUCCUGGUGAUGCAGGCGUGAUGGAGAAGGUGAGAGAAGCUGUCACUUCUUUGCUCCGAACUGAGGAACCUGCAAAAUACGCAGACGCAUCUAAUGUUGCUACUCCGAGUACUACUCGCUUGUCACCUCAGAGUCCAGUAUCUAUCAACGCUUCACGCUCUUCAUCUCUAAUGCCAUCAUACUCCAAUGCUUCUCGUGCUUCGUCUCAAAUGCCAGCAUCUACCAGUGUUUCUCGCACUUCAUCACAAGUUCCUAUAUCUUACAACGCCCAGCAAGACUAUACAGAGGCCCAGGAAGAAAACCAUGGCCGAAUUCUUCAGGCAAAUUGA